CGAUUGCGUUGCCACACAGCCUCAGAGGGUCCGAGAUUCGAAGAUCCGCCACCGGAUUAGAGCGGGGAAUGUAUUUCCAGGGACUGGGAAGGAGGAAUUGGGGUCCUAGUAAAAUAAAUAAAAUAAACACAAAAGGCAGACGCUGCACUGGGAAGGUGAUGAUCGGUUGUUGCUACUUAUUAUUACGCGCUGACUGAGUCCGUCUUAUGGUGCGAGGUGCUGAGCCCCUUCUUCUUCUUCUUCAUCUGCUGGGAUCGCUAUUGUCCUCGUCUUCCAUUUUCCCAUUUUUUUCUCGCUCCGCGCUGCUAUGGUCGGCUGCCCUCUUGCGUGAUGAUUGAGGUCUGUGAAGUGGUGGAGGCUUGAGAGAAGAGGAGACGCGCGAGAACGGAGAGAGAGAGAGAGAGAGCGAGAGAGAGUGAGAGAGCGAGAGAGAGUGAGAGCGAGAGAGAGUGAGAGUGACGAGUAGGGGUGGAUGGUGGUGUGUCCAGCACGUUAAAGGAGAUUUGUCGUUGGGUUGCGGAGUGUUCGGUUUGGAGGAGGAGUUGCAGUGGUGGUAGAGUAGUGCCAGGGGUGAAGGAUAUGGUGAAGAAUUCGUCUUGGAUGUGGCAUGUGGCUGGGGAGGCGAACCUGAUGGACGUGGCGGGGUCGUUUUUGUGGUGAGCGUGGGGGGCCGGGUUCGGUCGGCUUAGUUUUAUUCGGAGUCGCGCGCUUCGUCCCCCGCCAACCUGUACCUUUUUUUUAAUCUCAAGCAAAAGCUAGAAUACCGGUUUCAAGAUUAUCCAUACUGUGUCGCUUUCGCUGCUGUAAUCGUUACGACAAUGGCCGCGCCUCUAAGGUCUCUUACUCCAGGGCGGCGAAAUCCGGGGUUGGACAAUGCGCCACGAUCGCAGAACUACCCUCGCGCAAACUUCCAGCAGCAGCAGCAGCAGCCGGUUAUGUCUCCACGACCGUCAGGUCCAGUUGCCAUUCUUUGGGACAUUGAGAACUGUCCCGUACCAGGGGAGGUGAACGCAGAGGAUGUGGCCCGUAACAUCAGGAUUGCACUCCGGGACCAGCCUCAUAUUGGGGCAGUCACAAUGUUUUCGGCAUACGGAGACUUCAACCACUUCCCCAAGAAGGUUCGCGAAGGAUGCCAGCGGACGGGAGUCAACCUGAUCGACGUACCCAACGGCAAGAAGGACGCGGCCGACAAGGCCAUAUUGGUGGACAUGUUUCUGUUCGCACUCGACAACCCUUGCUCCACGAUUGUUCUUGUGACCGGCGACGUGGAUUUCGCGCCUGCUUUGCACAAGCUUGGCCAACGUGGGUACGUGGUGAUUCUCGUCAUUCCGGACGGCGUCGGCGUCUCUCCCGCUCUUAAGGGCGCUGGGCGCUACGUGUGGGAUUGGCCAUCUCUCUGUCGCGGCGAGGGCCUUGUCAAAGCGCGGUCAAACUCUACGCAACGGGCCCCGAAUGUCGUGCACAACCACACCCUCUUCACUGCGGAGUUGCCCGCCAACCAGUACCCCGAAAUUCACACAGAGAGCCGUAGCAUCGCUGCCGACGACGACGACGACGAUCACGUGAUAGGUGAAGAAAUCUUGGUUCAGAGGCGACAUGUCUACAAUGGGGCGCAUUCUCCGCAUGUGAACAUGUAUUCUCAGGUACACACGACACCUAUCGAUUACGGACAUCAAACGUAUGCGUUCCCAGGUCACAUGAAUUCUCACGGCCCUUGGAUGAAUCCGUCGGUACACGGCGUCCCGAGUCGCAACGCGCCAUCGGCAUCUGCUUCUGUAAGAAACAAUCGAUCUAUAUUCCCUACUCCAGAAGUCGUUCCUGCUAUUCAGCCUGGCUUUCAAGCUGUUCAGGUGGGUGAAAUGGGGUUUCCUUUGGAUACAGCGGAGCCGACGAGCCCGGGAGGAACCUCGUGGGUACAACCUGGGGACGUCGCCGGACUGAAGAAGCAGCUUGUGAGGCUUCUGAAGCAGAACGGGGGCAAGUUGACCCUGGUGAAAGUACCAGCCGAGUACAACAAGCAGUAUGGUCGCCCUCUGUACCUAUCUGAGUACAACGCCCAGAAGCUUGUGCACCUCUUGGAGAAAAUGAAGGACGCUUUGGUGGUCAAAGGAGACGGCAUGAACAAAACUUUGCAUCUUAUCGAGAAGGUGGAGAGAAAAGCUCGCAACCCAGGCAACAAAUACAAGCCCUCUACACCAAGGUCAUCUACUCCUAAAGGCGACAAGGAUAGCCGGGAAACAAGCGAAGACUCUGAUCCUGAGGUGACGGUGAAGGAGGCCAUCAAGGCUGAGUUCUCUACCAUUGAUGUGCCGAACAAGAGGCAUUUGCUGGAUUUGGAUAUGGACGAUGCGAAGCAAGCGUUUUCCCUCCCCGUCGACUGGGAAUCUGGCAACGACCUCAAGGCGAAACCUGAUGCAACCAAGCCUGAAACUGUAGUUGACGUUGGAGAGGUGUUCAAUUCUAAAGACCAGAACGAUAUGAAGUUAGACCACUUUAAGCGAGAACUUGAGGAGCUGUUAGUUGUUUACGCUCUCGAAAUUCGGCUGAAGGAAUUAGAGCAGAUUUACUAUCAACGCUAUACUAGAGUCCUCGACCUACAGCACCUUGGAGUGGACAGCUUGGAGACUUUGUUCCAGAAAGUUAAAGAUAUUGCUGUGCUGAAAGAGAAGGUGGUUGAAGAAGAGGGAGAACCCAGUGGUAAACAGCUCUUUGUGGUUGCUGUGUGUAAUCGUGAGCGGAAGACAUGAAAGCAUAUCUUGAGGUUUGAUACAAAUCUGCGUCAAUCCUUGAACUACACUUUCCAAUCAUACCUGCUUAUCUGGCUCACAGCUUCUGCCUUCAUCUUCGAGACAUCGAAUCCACUGUCGAAUGGACAGAGCGUUACUUUCCGGUUUUACCCCUUUUAUGUGUAUGUCUAUGUUGUGGAGCGUUCCAAAUGGAAAUCAGAGUCAUCUACACCGAACUGUCUCCAGGGAAACAUCUUUAAAGUUCCUCAUCGCAGCAGCUCUAAGAGUCAUCUGGCGAGAAAAGUUCAUCCAGCAAUGAUUUAUAUGUGUUGGUUUGUUUAACUUAUACUGAAGUAAUAUGGCUGCCCUGCAUCGGUGCUGACGCUAAUCUCUCUCAUGCGACUUCUCAAACCAGACAGUAAGCACUUCGCUUGCUUGAACAAUUAAUUGGAGUUAUCCAGAUCUCAAAGAGUCCUUUUUUUUCAACACCUCUUGGGAAAUGACUUCAUCGAUUCUAAGCUCUGAAGUAACGUGGCGCAAACUGAAGCAAGUAGCGGAAGAUUCUUUGUCAUGAAGUGGUGUACCUGCUGAACCAGCAAGGAAUCGACCCUCCGAGUUAGAUCAACUUGGAAUCAUCGUGCCGACUUUUUAAGGCUUUUGAUUCACUCUUCACCCAUUUCGCUUAGUCUUAGAUUUUAAUUGCAACCCUGCAACGACACACUGAACUGCUGGUUUGAGCCGAUUUUUUGAAGGCCAUCAAACCCAGCGCCUUCCUUCAUUCCGAGAAAUCUUCUUUCCGACCUGUCCAUCAGCCGAUUCAAGCGGUGGCGAGGUGAAGUGACAUCCUGUUACAAGGAACCAAGAUUCGGUCGUCCAGGCGUAGAAUUGCCAUCUCCUACGCACGGUGACUUCACGACCUCACGCGAUGGAGUUGGUCAACAAAUACUGGAUCGCAUCAACUGCGAAUUUUAUCAGCGGUUAAUCCGUCACCUGCCCAGCCUACUGGAUAUCUUCUCAAGGCUCUCGAAGCUCUUCUCACUGGAGGUUUUACGGCACGGUUUCUGGAGCUGGAGUUACGAAUGAGGCUCCCUCACUGUAUUCCUCUGCAGGGCUCUCGCAUCAAUCCUUGGCACCCAUCCGUUUUUGAUAUGGCUCUGCCCCAAAUGCAAUCCUAGCAUGCUUGAUAUCAUAUUGGCCGCCGUUUUUUAUUUCCAGCCAAAUGAUCACAGUAUACUUCUAAUAGCCUGAGUUAAACCAGCCAGGUUGAAAAUACUGCUGGCGACUGCUUCUCUAGUGAUAGUUUCAUUGUUUUAGGUGUUGAAUCUGACUCCCCAUGUGUAGUUCCUUGGGGUGUGCUCGGUUGCAGUAGAUAGUGAGGUCCUCCAUCGUCUAUCUUCAAUUGAACAAAGAGUUUGCUUACCACCUACUUCAGUAAUAGGACUAGCUUCCUGCCGCCGAUUCGCUAUUAGUGCCUUGCCUGUUUUGAUGGUUGAGAGAUUUUAGAUGUGAACAUGCCAUUACUUCUGUUUUGAUUUUGGUGGCACUGUCAAUAUUUGUGUAUUUCUAUUUUAUGAAAUGUUUUUUUUUUUAAAAGAAAAGAAAAAAA